GCCGGGCCCGCGAGUUCAGGUGAGCAGUCUGCUCGUCGGGGCGGCCGGCAGCGGCGGCUCCAGGGCCCAGCAUGCGCGCGGGCCCCCGCGGCCACCAUGUACGUGGGCUAUGUGCUGGACAAGGAUUCUCCGGUCUACCCCGGCCCCGCCAGGCCUGCGAGCCUCGGCCUGGGCGCGCAAGCCUACGGCCCCCCGCCUGCGCCCCAGGGACCCCCGCAGUACCCCGACUUCACCGGCUACUCUCACGUGGAGCCUGCCCCGGCACCCUCUGCGGCCUGGAGCGCGCCCUUCUCCGCGCCCAAGGACGACUGGGCCGCCGCCUACGGCCCAGGCCCCGCGGCCCCCGCCGCCAGCCCAGCCCCGCUGGCAUUCGGGCCCCCUCCGGACUUUAGCCCGGUGCCCGCGCCCCCUGGGCCGGGCCCAAGCCUCCUAGCGCAGCCCCUCGGCGGCCCGGGCGCACCGUCGUCGCCCGGAGCGCAAAGGCGGACGCCCUACGAGUGGAUGCGGCGCAGCGUGGCGGCUGGAGGCGGCGGUGGCAGCGGGAAGACUCGGACCAAGGACAAGUACCGCGUGGUCUACACGGACCACCAGCGCCUGGAACUGGAGAAGGAGUUCCACUAUAGCCGUUACAUCACCAUCCGGCGGAAGUCAGAGCUCGCUGCCAACCUGGGGCUCACUGAGCGGCAGGUGAAGAUCUGGUUCCAGAACCGGCGGGCCAAGGAGCGCAAAGUGAAUAAGAAGCAGCAGCAGCAGCAGCCCCCACCCCCCCAGCCCCCAGCCCAUGAAGUACCCCCUGCCGCAGCUGCGCCGCCCCUGGGGGGCCUGUGCCCCAGCUCUGCCAGCCUCCUGGGAGCCGCCUCCCCAAUGCCUGUUAAGGAGGAGUAUCUGCCCUAGCCCUGUGCCCGGCCUUGUGGGUGGUGGGGGGGUGAGGUGGGGGUGGGAGCCCUGUGGCUUAGGGCCUAGGAGGCCUUGUCUGGGUCCCAGCCCUGCUGCUGAUCUCCUGGGUAACCUUGGACAAGUUGCCACCCAGCCCCUGCAUCCCCUUGGCCCAUCUAUGCCUAGAGGCUGUGGGGUAAGGACCUUUCCAGCUCCUGUGUUCUGGGCCUCAGGGGGGAGGUCUCCAUCCCUAGAGGGCUAAGUGAGGUGCCAUGAUAAAUCCCCAGGCCUUACCUCCUCCUCCAUGGGUUCAAGGGUGGGAGGUCGCUGGAGGGACUGGGCUGACUCAGGGGGAAGGAGUUAGAGCCCAGCGAAGAUGGAAUGUUGCAGCCCAUGACCCCAGGGGAAGGGGUGAGGUCAGCUUCCACCUGCCCCUUCCUGCAGCUUUACCUCUAGCUGUCUCCAUCACAUGUCCCCAUCGUAAGUUACCCUGACCCCUCUCUAGGCUGGAUGCAAAGCACAAAGCCCAUAAGCCUGGGCCAGAGCAAGAGGCUCUGAUGACUGUCCCCUCUGGGUUGCAAAGUCAUAUGCCCCCACUAGCAUUCUCUGUGGGGUCUCUAGACUGGGACAGGCCAGGGGCCGGGGGUAGGGGUCCACCUGCCUAGUUCCUAUACCCCUCGGCUGUCCCUUAGGCCCCAGGCCCCAGGCCCCAGGGAGUCCCCGGGGGACUUUUUCUGGACCAAACAGAGCUCAAAACUGGGCAAGUUUUGUACAUAGAGUGGAACCUCUUGGAUGCAGCUUCAAGAAUAAAUUUUUUCUCUUUUCAAAAAAAAGGUAUAAAAAUUAUUAUACCCAGCCUUAAAAAAAAAUGCUAAAGAAGUAUAAACCAUCCUCACCCUCCCCUAAUAAUUGCAUAAUCCCCUCCAGUCUCUGUAUUUCUCUAGCAAGGUCACCUUUAAAAUGUGUUUGAAAGAUCCAAACAGGACAUUGUUAGAGUAAGUCUAUGAGACUACGUAAGAUUGUAAGUCCAUUUUGUAAGCAGAUUCAUCAGACGCAAUAUAUCAAUUUUUGAAUUUUUCAAGCACUUUCAGCUCACAUUUUUCUCUCUACAACUGAUAUUCACUGGGUACCCCUAUGGGCCAGGCUUGGCCAAGCAUAGGGAAUGCACAGUCCUUGCCUCACAGCAGUUCCCAGUUGGAGUUCUGCUCUGGGCAUCAAAGGAACAGAGCCUCCAGGGAGCCCAGAGUGGGUUCCCAUCUUAGGGCAGAAGGUCUGGAAGGCUUCCCGGAAGAGGUGAUAUUUGGAUUGAGGCCUAAAGAUCUAGUAGGUGCUGUCAGGGCAAGAAAAGAGGAAUGGUAAAAAAAAGAAUAUGAACAAUAGGAACUUAAAGUAUGAUGUUUUAAAACUCCUGAGAAAAGCUCUUGUUCUCAAAUCCCGUCCAGAGGUAGGCAGAAGUCUGCCACCUGGGGCCUUUUCUCCCUAGAAGGCUCUGGUGCCAGUGACCUGCCCCUUUGUUUACUGUUCUGGGAUGUGGCCCAGCCAUAAAAAAGUGUGCAUAGCCUGCCUGCCCUUUGCUCCUGGGACCCAUGACAACAACGCACGAGGUGGAUCCAGCCCCACACUAGACCCUGAAAAGCAGCAGGCACGUCCCUCUCUCCUCCUGCUGGUGGCCUGGAGGAGAAGAUGGUGGACGUCUAAGGCAUGGGAGCAAGGUGGUGCCUGGAAAAGGACUAUGGUUCCAAGAUCAGAGGAAGAGGGUUGGUGUGACGGUGGUUGACAGUGAGUGGAUAUACUUUUCUGAUCUUCAGAAAUAUUUGCUGUGUGACCCCGGCUUAACUUCUUCCCCUCUCUGGUCCUCAUUUCCCCAUCUGUAAAACUAAGGAGUUUGUUUACCAAAAGGAAAUAUGACUCAGGUCCAGUAAGUUUGAAAAGUCCUGAAGAUUCGACCCUUCUGGGGGAGGCCCAGCGGCAGGUUAACACAUCAAAGGCUCUGACAAGCCCUACAGCAAAGAAACCCCUUGAAUUUUCUUUAAUCUGACAUUCUCUAUGCUUUGCUACCCAGGCACCCCCUAUUAGUGCCUGCUAGCACCCCACUGCACUCCACACACUCCACACUCUGGAGUGUGGGGAUGCUGUGGUCUGGGGGGACUCGACUGGCAGCAGGCUCCAGUGUCAGAUGGCCUGGCCUCCGGUUUACUGCCUCCCAGCUCAGACUUCAGGCAAGUCACUAAGCUUCUCUGAGCCUUGGCCUCCUCAUUCAUCAAA